AUGCCAGGACAAGAUACGCUCCCCGUAAUAGUUGGAAGUGAAUCGACUUUCGAUGACAUUAUCGCUAAUGAAACUAACAAGUUGAUAGUAGUUGACUUCUACGCGGACUGGUGUGGACCGUGUAGAAUGAUUGCACCAUUGUUUGUGAAAUUGGCUAGUGAACAUAUCGAUGUUAAAUUCCUUAAAGUUGAUGUAGAUGCUCUCACAGGUGUUGCCGCAAAACAUAAUGUUACGGCCAUGCCAACAUUCAAAUAUUUCUACAAUCAGAAGGAAGUUUGUGAAAUAGUCGGCGCUCAACCACAGAAAAUCGGGGAAAAAAUCGAAGAGCUCAAAAAGAAAAUAGAAUGUGGCGAGUUAUAG